AUGUCGGAUGGUGGUAUAUCAACAGCAUUAGCCAAACUUAAGUCUGACAACAACAAGAUCUUGGAGAAAACCACCAUUCCCGUGGCUUUGACGAAUGCUCUGGCCAAGCUGAAUGCUGAAAUCGCGGAGAAAACUGAGAAAACGGAAUCCCAGCCUGAAGCCAAGGAGAAGACGGACUUGGACCUGUUGUUAGAGAAGAUAAAGCCAACUAAGUGGGGGAAGAAGCGAACUUUCUCUUCGAUUGAUAUCAGUGCGGACAAAUGGUUUUUGACUUUGGAUAAGGAUGCGUUUCAGAAGUUGGCCGUACCACCAAGUUUGGCUGAUGGAAUUGGGUUGAAGGAGGAGAAAGUGAGUGUUUUAAAUUAGGAUUUUAUGUUUUUAGUGACCAAAAGGUGUGUUUCUUCUGUUAAAAACAGCUAGAAUAAAUUUGAAAACAUUAUUUUUAAUUUAUAACGGUUUUUAUAUUAUUCAUGCUCAUCAAACUAGUGCUUUUACCACAAUUAAUAAUACAUGCUGGUAAAGCUUUUAGAUUGAUGUGGAAUUGGUGUUUUUAGUUAUAAAAAUAUGUAAUCUUGUUUUUAAAAGCAGUUACACACAUUUGGGUUUGGCGGUUUUUCAGUUAUGAUUAAUUUUACAGUAUCUACUCUUAUCAGGUAAUGGAUGUCAGAAAAAUCAACUUCAUCUGUCUCUAGCCUUUCUAACGCACCAUGUAUUUAGGAACUACGUUUGUUAGGAUGUGAGAUGAUACAGUCUGGAGCAAUUUUACUACGUCUACCACAAACAGCCGCAGCUACCGGGCAAAUCUUAUAUCAACGUUAUUACUACCAAAAGAGUUUUGUAAAGUUCAACUUUAUUCACACUGUAAUGGCCUGCUUGUUGUUGGCAAGUCGAAUAGAGGAAGCUCCACGAAGACCACGUGAUGUUAUCAAUGUUGUUAAUAGGUUAAAGCAGUUGUUACAGGACAAAAAUAGAGAUAGGAAAAGGUAUGGCUAAUUUUGUUUUUUAUUUUGUUUUUAGGUAACUUUUGGAAGGUAAUGGGUUGAAAUAACGUUUUUAAUGGUUUUAGAAGAUAGAAAAGGGUCUUUUCUAUUAUAUACAUGGAGUUAACGGUCCUGCAAUUUCGAAAUUAUUCAAAAUUCUUGAAUUUUUCAGGCUUGUUCACAUAAAAUUGGACAAAAACUAUGUAGAACUUAAAAACUGUGUCAUAAAAACAGAGCGACGUCUUUUGAAUGCCCUCGGUUUUGUAGUGCACGUUCACCAUCCUCAUAAGAUUAUCAUGUCAUACUGUCACAUCUUAGGCCUAACGGACAGAAGAGAUAUAUUGAUCAAGGCCUGGAAUUACAUGAAUGACGGUCUUCGUACUGACAUUUUCCUGCGAUACAAAGCCGAGACGAUAGCUUGUGCUUGCUUAUGGUUAGCAGCGAGAACAGUGGACGAUCCGGUUAGGUUACCCAGUGAACCACGACCUUGGUAUGAACUAUAUGAUUGUACAAAGGACGAAAUUGAGCAGAUUUCACUGAUUUUGUUAAAUUUGUACAAUAAUCAAAAGGUAUGUAUUUGAUUUUUGGUUGAUAAUGGAAAACGGGUGCCGUGGAAUGCUUAAAUAUAUAAAAGCUUACAAUGUCUUUGCAAAAAACCAAUGUUAACAUCAAUUUUUUCAGAUCCCCAGCUUCGGCCGACUCUCAGCUCAUGUUGAGAAGCUGUACAAAGCCAAUAAGAAGCCGGAUUCUCAAGACAAACCUCCAACAAUCACCGUAAGCGAAGACAAAUCGAAAAAGGAAGAGAAACGGGAUAGAGACAGAUCAAAACGAUCUUCAUCCCGUUCCAGAAGCGAUAGGGAUAGGAAAGACAGGAAACGAGGACGGUCAAGAGAAAGAUCAAGGAGUCCUAGAAAGGAGAAACGCGAUAGAAAAGAUAGAGAAAACAGGGAUAGCAGAGACAGAAGGAAAGACAGAGAUAACACACCACCUUCCAAGGGCUAUGGUAAGUUAAUUUUCAAUAGUUCGGUGAUUUUAGGUAGAAAUUUGUUGCUAGUUUGAUGUUAUUAUAAUCAGAAGAAGUUAUUUUAACUUUCACUAGAAAUAAUAGUUUAGUUUUUGCUGUUUACGUACGAGUUUGAUCAAAAACAUUGUUUUAGAUAAACGAAGGGACCGUCGAGACGACCGUGGUCGUAGACGACGCUCCAAGUCCCCAAGAGAUCGACGAUGA